CGUCAAACGUCGGCGUAGCGUGUAAAGGAUAAAAUAAUACCGGGGUUGAAUUAAGAAUUUAGCCAAUUUUAAUAAGUGAAAUCCUUUUUUUUGUAGAACUACAUCUUACUUUCUUGAUAAUCUAUAAAGCUCAAGUCUGUUUACUAAGAAUUAACUUGUAAAACAUGAGUAAAAACAAUGGUCAAAAUGCAAGUACAAAAUCGAAUACGAAAUGUGACAAAAAGAUUAAAACCGAGAAAAAACUGGAUAGUAUCACUUCAGAGGGAUCCAAUUUAGAUUCAGAAGAUCAAGAGGUGGAAAAAUUUAAUUCGGGAAAGAGAAAGCACGAGAUUCUUCCUCUGUUAGUAUCAAAUUUCCCAGAAAAUUAUGGUUUGGUAAAGAUGACUGAUUUCUUGGUGAAAAAGUGCGGACCAUGUGAAGUCAGCUUAUCGGAGAAUGGUGACAAGAAGGUAGUCGAGGCAAUUUUUGGAAGUGUAGCACUAAGAGAGAAAGCUAAGAAGAUCCUGGGUUCGCAGUCUAUUGAUAAACUCAAAAUAAGGGUGGAAUCACCAGUAGUACAAGUUUAUGACUCAGACCUGGAAGAAAAUGAUGAACCACAAGCAAAAAGGAAAAAAGAAGCAGAUGAAAAACCAUGGGGUCUUGAUAUGGAUGUGUGGAGGCCGGACCCUAAAGGCUAUUACGGGGUCAGACCCCAGUACUUAUCUUCUUUAGGUAUUGAAGGCUCACUUCAAAACUGGGUUUUGGUGAAAAAUUUCCGGUGCUCCAAAGAAGACCUAAAGGAGGUCUUGACCCUGGCCGGCGAAGUAGUAGUGUGCGUGGUUACCUUUGCUAACCCCAACUCGUACGCUCGAGUCAUGUACCGGCACCCGCUUGAAGCCUUACAGGCUGUUUCCAUGUUAAAUAAUCAAAAGCUCCAUGGAGUCCCUCUAAUAGUCCGAGUAAUAAAAACUAGUUGCACCGGCAUCUUACCAAAAGGCCUCAACAGCAUCGGCCCAGGCUUGGCUAAAAACGGAACACCGUUAAGAGACAUUGUCAGACAUUACGAAAGAUUUGUCAAAGGCCAAGACACUGAAUUAAAUAGCAGCUUAUUUAGAACCCCAAAAGAACAAUGCCUUCACGAUGAAGGCACUUAUUCAAAGAUUGAAGAUGAUAAGAGAAAAGCGAAAGAAGCUUUAGAAACACUUGUCUCUUUGGUCACUCAAGGAAUGAAAGUAGACGAUUUAAUGACGGUACUGAAAUCAAUUAAAGGCAACCAAAACGUUAGUUCUAUACUUGAGAGUCUGAAAGAAAUUGACACGACACCGUCCACACCUGAUUCUCAAACUAGUAAAAAGGAUGAUAAACCAAAUUCGUCUUUAGAAAAGAAAAGGAAUGCCCGGCCCAGUCCUGUGAGCUCCAGUGAAAGCGGUUCAAGGUCGCCAAGUCCAGACGCUAAAACUACUAAAAAACCGACAGAAAACGCUAAAAACUCCCAGCAAAUUUCUACGAUCACGAAUCGAUCUACAAAUGCUGUUCGACCACCUGCUCCUAAACCACCUGCUCCUAAACCCACGCCUGUUAAACCUUGGUCGAAACCUGCACAGCCUCCUGCCCCAGGAACAACUUCUUUUAAAGGGGUACAGAAUAAGCCGGGGCCUCGGGGUCCUAUGUCGGGGCCGGUGCGUCCACAGGGUCCGAUGUUUAAUGCGAGAAUGCCGGGCCCGGUAGGCCCAAUGUCCGGCCCCAUGUCUGGUCCGAUGCCUGGUCCAAUGGGUCCAAUGAUGGGGCCAAUGUCUGCCCCGAUGGCCGGUCCCAUGUCUGGCCCAAUGCCAGGGCCUAUGUCUGGGCCCAUGUCUGGGCCAAUGUCUGGGCCCAUGUCUGGGCCAAUGUCUGGGCCAAUGUCUGGUCCAAUGUCCGGUCCAAUGUCUGGUCCCAUGAUUGGCCCUAAUUUCUCCAUGCCCGGACCCACCCAGAAUUCAUUUGGACCGAAUGGACCGAUGGGUUCUAAUGGACCAUCAACGGGAUCAGAAGCGAAAUUACAGUUUAGUAACUUGCCCCCGUCGACCACGUUCGCGCUGCUAAGUGAGAAGCUGUCUCAAGUGGGUCAGCUGUUGUCCAUACAGUUCACGACGCCCGGCUGCGUGGUCGCCAUGUUCGCUCACAGGGAGCACGCGGAGAGAUGUCGACAGCAAUUCGACCAAUCGCGAUUGGAAGGAAACCUGAUCGACGUCAGAUUCAUCUAAAAAUAUGCAGAUGUUUCUGAGUUUAUCAACCAUGGUGGGAAGCUGAGUUUAUUACUUUGAACCUUUGAGGAAUAGAUAUAAAGUCGAAAGUGUAUUGUGUUUCUAUUAUACAUAGCGAUACAUACAUAUUAUGUGUUAUCCAGUGCAGUUAUUGGUAUAACUAUCGGAGUUAUAAGAUUAGAAAUUAAGUUUAUUAUUUAUUACCCACAUUUAGUAGGUAAAGUACGUUUUACACACUACAAUAUUUUUUUCCUAAGUUCGUCAAUGGUUCGACUAUACUUAU